CCGGCCGGGCUCGCGUGUGAGGGGGGGGGGUGGGGGAGGUUGACGUCGAGAUCGUUAUCUGCAUCUGGGAACCACCCAGCCGGAGCCGGCGGAUCCGGCCGCUCGCCUCCCGCUCCGCUUCUCUUGCGAGACGUGCAACCGAGCUGACCUCAGGGAGCAGCAGCUGGGAACUACUACUGUGAGAAGACAAAAGCAGCAUGCUGACCUUCUGUGCAUGAUUUCUCUCCCCCUCCCUCUGCAUUGAUAGACAUGCCAUCUGAAGACUUUAACGCGGAAACAGGAAUAGUACAUCUUCAGAAUCUACAGUCUUAUUGCCAAUGAUGCAGGCAGUCAAGGACCCUCAUCUAGAAUGGCAGGGCAUCAUUAGGAGCCAUGUGGGAAUGAGUCUGCUGAGGGGGAGUGGUCCAGUUCACUUUGUUUAAAGGUCAGCUGCUGGCAGAAAAGGGCAGUGUUAAGAAGUAUGGAACUACAAUAAAAUCUGCUGGACAUGUGCUCUCAUGUGUUCAUGUAACGGUGUUGAAUUGUAGGGUCUCUUUUUUUCCAGAGUGGCUUGGAGAGAUCUGGAAAGCCAUAGAGGAUGAUUGUUCUUGGGCUGAAAAAAGCAUAAAUUUGACCAAGGUCAUGCAUAUAACAGAGAAUUAGUAAUUCAGCCUAAACCAAGCUUGCUCUCAGCAUGCUUUUAUCAGGAAUAAUAAAGCACCAGCAUCCAAACUCUCUUGGAGAGGAGCAACUAGAAAAACAAGAUAAGAAUUCUCGGUCCAAAAGCUUGCCAGUUCUGAAUGGGUCUGUUCCGCAGAUUAAUACCACACAAAGUGCUCUCAUCGCAGCCAAAAAGAACUUCUUACAGAGUUUGCAGGGGGACUCUGAUCAGAGGUGUGGCCUUGACCCUGAUAUAUCAGCACAUCACAGUAAUGCUACUGCUACUUCUUCCAAGACAGUGUUGUCUUUUACACCCUCCAGCUUUUCGAGAAUGGGGAAUUUCACUGAAAGAAAUAAUUGCAACAACUCUCCUAGAUUAAGUAAUGGUGUGUCACCAGCUUCCACACUGCUAGUAAUGCCUGGUAGAAAAUAUCUUGCUAUAGUAUUGACAGACUCUCGAUUCUUUUUGAUAUGUAUGUGUUUCCUGACUUUCAUUCAGUCACUAAUGGUCUCUGGUUACCUGAGUAGUGUUAUCACGACCAUUGAGAGAAGAUAUAGCCUGAAAAGCUCUGAAUCUGGGCUAUUGGUCAGCUGCUUUGAUAUUGGCAGUCUUUUAGUAGUGGUUUUCAUCAGUUAUUUUGGUGGGCAAGGGCGAAGGCCUCUGUGGCUUGCUGUUGGGGGGUUAUUUAUUGCUCUUGGGGCUGCCAUAUUUUCUUUACCUCAUUUCAUCUCUGCACCAUAUCAAAUCCAGGAAUUAAACUCCUCUGUUUCUAAUGAUGGCUUGUGUUUGACUGGAAAUAAUUCAAUGAAAGGGCACCUGGAAUCGCCAGGCUGUAUGAAGAAUUCACGUGGAAAUGGCCACUCGCUCUAUGUAGCUUUGUUUAUUUGUGCCCAAAUUCUCAUUGGAAUGGGCUCCACACCUAUCUACACUCUAGGACCAACCUACUUGGAUGACAAUGUCAAGAAAGAAAACUCAUCACUCUAUCUAGCUAUCAUGUAUGUAAUGGGAGCUCUUGGUCCUGCAGCAGGAUAUUUAUUAGGAGGAGUUCUUAUUGGAUUUUAUGUACAUCCUACAAGUACUGUUCAGAUUGAUCAAAGUGACCCACGGUUCAUUGGUAACUGGUGGAGUGGAUUCCUUAUUUGUGCUAGUGUGAUGCUUCUUGUUAUACUUCCAAUGUUUGCUUUUCCCAAAAAACUCCCACCUCGACAUAAGAAAAAGAAAAAAAAGAUGCACUCUGAUAGUGUUUCAGGUGAUGAUGAUGAUAUUGUGAAAGAAAAAGUGAAUCGCAAAAAUGAGCUAGAACCGGAAAUUCCUACAUCAAUGGGCUUUGGAAAGAAUGUUAAAGAACUCCCAAGAGCAGCUUUCAGGAUCUUAAGCAACAUGACAUUCCUUUUUGUGAGUUUGUCAUACACAGCUGAAUGUGCCAUUGUUACUGCUUUUAUUACCUUUAUUCCCAAAUUCAUUGAGUCACAGUUUGGCAUCCCAGCUUCCAAUGCCAGCAUCUACACUGGUGUGAUUAUUGUUCCAAGUGCUGGCGUUGGAAUUGUCUUAGGAGGUUACAUUAUAAAAAAGCUGAAACUUGGUGCAAGAGAAUCUGCAAAACUAGCAAUGAUUUGCAGUGGAGUAUCUCUGUUAUGCUUUUCAACACUCUUCAUAGUUGGAUGUGAAAGUAUUAAUCUAGGAGGUAUAAAUAUACCAUAUACCACGGGACCUACUCUCACCAUGGCACAUAGGAAUCUGACUGGAAGCUGUAAUGUUAAUUGUGGCUGCAAAAUCCAUGAAUAUAAACCUGUGUGUGGAUCAGAUGGGAUCACAUAUUUUAACCCUUGUCUUGCUGGUUGCAUUACCAGUGGAAAUUAUAGCACAGGAAUAAGAAAUUACACAGAUUGUGCCUGUGUCCAAAGCCGGCAAGUUAUCACACCACCCACAGUUGGACAGCGUAGCCAGCUAAGAGUAGUGAUCGUCAAAACAUAUCUCAAUGAGAAUGGCUAUGCUGUAUCAGGAAAGUGUGAUAGAACCUGCAACACACUCAUCCCUUUCCUCAUUUUUCUCUUCAUAGUAACACUUAUCACAGCAUGUGCCCAACCAUCAGCAAUCAUAGUUACUCUCAGGUCUGUGGAAAAGGGUGAGAGGCCUUUUGCUCUUGGCAUGCAAUUUGUUUUAUUAAGAACUCUUGCAUACAUUCCUACCCCAAUUUAUUUUGGUGCCGUCAUUGAUACUACCUGCAUGCUGUGGCAACAGGAAUGUGGUGUUCAAGGCUCAUGUUGGGAAUACGAUGUGACGUCAUUUCGUUUUGUGUACUUUGGUCUGGCAGCUGGUCUCAAAUUUGUUGGCUUCCUAUUCAUUUUUCUUGCUUGGUACACCAUUAAGUAUAAAGAAAAUAAGCAGCAAAGGCAGAUGUGGGAAGAUGCUCCUGUCAGCACUGUGAGCGAAGUGAUGUGUAACAAAGUUGCUCAGCAAAACUAUGCAAGGACUAGAUCCUGCCCCACUUUUAGCUCUCAAGGUGACCGUGGUAACAAUGUCAAUCUAACAACAACAAUGCAUUACACAGCACAAACCUAUCCUGGCCCCCUUACAAUAGAAGCAAUAACUACAUCAGUUGAGAAGCCUUCACAAGAAGUCACUUCUGAAAUAGAGGGGCCCUUGCAGUAACUUCAGAUUAUUAUUUAUUUGUACAUAUUAAGUUUGGGGCCUUUUGAAACGCCUGUGCCUUCUUUUUCCUAAUAAGAUAUGCCACUGAUAUUAAACCAGAACAGCUUAAUGCAUAGAGCCAUGGCAUAUCUGAGGGCUGGUUACCUCCAAACAGCUUAGAUAGGUCUUUCUUCUUUUUAGGAACUGGAAUGUUAAAAUAGGUUUGCAAGUCCUUUAAGUAUGUCUAUUCAAGUUGCAUGUUCCAGGCAAAUGCUAAUAGAUUCUCUACUGUGAAAAUCAGUUCUGAUAGAAAUGGAUGCCACUGGUGAAGAUAAAGCAACCCUGGUUCUUGAACUAGGGGAGAACAAGUAAUUAUUUUUAAUUCUAUUUCAAAGCACAACUUAGCUAUGCAAUGUGAACUGGAUAAUUUGGUUCUGUGUAUUUUUAAAUCAAAAUUUUCAAUCAUCUGACUUGGGAAAGAGGCUAUUGAAGUAAUAAAAUAACCAAUUAAACAUUUUAUUUUAAGAGAUAAAACAAUCUUAAGACAAAUCAAUAACAGGAUGAGUUAUUGAUAAUAUGAUAUGAUAUAUCAUAUCAUAUGAUAUGAUUUAUUUUAAUAUGAUAGUGUAUUUUUCAUUUUAAUUGUGAAUUUAUAACUCAUUAGUGAUUUCAGUACUAUUUUGUAAUAACCUUAAAGCAUAACAAAUUUACUGGUUUGUAUUUGCAUAUUUUUGCAAGAAGGAACAAUCAGCUGCAGAACUCCUAUUGAGUUCAUCAAAUCCAAACUUAAGGUUACUUUUGUUUCUGGUCAUUAACCUUGAUAGUGUGGCAAACUGAGAUGACUCUAGUAUCUAAUCCUCUGCUGAUAUGGUACAGUGGUUAUUUGUUCUGACACAUGGCCCAGAUUGCUGUUUACAUACCUCAUCAUGCCCUAAAUAUCAAUCUGAGCAUAUGCUGGUACAGUCAAAUGAUUGUUUUGCCAAGUUGUCUGUUUUUAGGUUCCUACUGUUUCUUGACGGAGAAUUACAGGUCUUAACAAUCCAGUUGGUAUUAAAGGCUUGUACAGACCUGCUUAUAUUUCAGCAUUUGGCAUCUACUAUAUUUAUUUAGCUUUGUCAGCAAUAGAAAUUGUCUUGGGCAUCCUGAUCUGAUCACCACUUUUUCAUUACUGGAAAAAAAAGGGUUGUGUUUAUAGAUGCCAAUAUCUGGAGCACCUGAGACUGAAAUGCAACCUAUAAUACUCAGUUGUGCAAGUGGUUUAUCCUGCCACUAGGGAUUUUUAAUGCAAAAGAUCUACCGGCUAGAGUGGAACAUUUGCAAGGUAAGUGGAUGCUUAUAGAUUUCCCAUCCUGCCAUCUGUCCAUUCAAAAUUAUACAUUUUAACUGUUUUUUCAUAUUGUUAGCCCUCUUGUUCUUCUUGGGUGAGGAGGAGUAGGAGUUAUGAAGAGACAAAUGGCAAGAAGAAUAAAGAUUCCACAGUUAUUGCUUUUUGCACUUGCCAGAAUUAUUUCAUCUUUUUUAAAAAAAAAAUAUGUUAAGGGAAAAAUGCCAUCGAGGCUUUCAUAUUGCUAAAAUCAAAAGUACAAGUUAGCUUUCCAUUUCAUAGAUAUGCUAAUACACUUUAAAAGAGUGAGAUACAUAGGCAAUACUCAGGGGUGUAUUCCUGAUGAGGUCACAAAAGCCUUGUUCAGAUCUGUUUUGGAAACGCUAUGUCUCAUGCAAUUGAACUGUUCUAUUUUUGAAUCUAAAAUAUUUUGUUACAUUCUGUUGUCUGAUUCCGAGACUAAAGGGAUCUCUUAAGUCACACAUUGAAGAGCAGUUCCCUAGGCAGGACCAAUUUGAUGUUCAGGGUAAAUUCAAAAAGAGCUUCUGAAAAGUGGCUUUCCAAAAGUUGAAAUGAGAAUAUGGUCAGCUCCCAAGGCCUUCUGCACCCCUCAAAUCUUUAGAGUGGUAAUCCAAUGAGAGGAAAUGCUUAUUAGUAGGGAAUAAAAAGUGAAAUAUUUCAUAAUAAGCAAUGAGUAUGCAAUCAAAGCUCAAUUGCUAAGGCCCUAUAGACUGUACAUAGGGAAUAGUUGAUGGAGGAAUUUGAGGUGUGGGGAGACACCUCCUUUAUCAGAUUGUGUUCUAAGUUUUUAAAGGCAUCAGCCUAUCUGAACUAGGCCUAUGAGUGUCAUUGCGUUCUGAGGAAAAUUGAUGCCAUGAAUUGAACAUGUAUACUGUUAGCUUGCUAUGGUAGUUGAAUGGCCAGUUGCUCUCUUCUCAGACAUACAUCUUCCAAGCACUGUGCAUGUCUAUGUUUUUUCAUUUUGAGCUAUGUCACUGCAAUAGCUUAAAAGGAGGUUUAGCCAUGCUCUGCUUCCUAACUUAGGUAUUACAUUUUUUUAAGCUGUGGAAGAGAAACUAGACAGCAUGCACCAAUGUAAUACUUCAACUUAUAACUGAAGAAUUUUGUUAUCUCUUUGUUCCAUCCUAGAAUAAGUGUUAAAUCUUUUCAUAGUGUAAAUAAUGUACAUGGAUGUAGAUUGCCAUAAAUACUAAUAUAUGUUUAUUAAUAUAGUACUAAGAUUAUUUAUGCAAACCUACCAUUGCCUCAAAAGUGUCAGUAUUGAUUGCAUACUUGAAAUUUGGAAGUAGACAGUUUAUCCAAUUUGUUGGCUAGUUGUAGUCUACCAAGAGAAAGUAAAGAGAGAACUCAAAAGUGAGGAGCACAGAGAACUGCUUGGGCCUGAAGGGGACCAGUGCUCAUGUUUGCUUAAAUAGAAGUACAGUUCUCUGAAUGUACCUUAGUGUAAUGUAAGGUCUUAACUUGCACUGACAGCUUUACUCCUAUUAUAGCAAAUAUGAGUAUAGCUCCUUUUCAGACCUGCUUUCUGUAUCUAUGGAGAUAGGAAACAGGUGGGCCUAGUUUUGAGCUCACCAUGUAUUGUGGCAAACUUUUGAAUGGAGCUUCUACAUAUACGUAUCAGUUCAUUAUGUCAUUUAAGCAUUGGUACUGUUCUGGUUUUUUUGCAAUGUAGUCAUAAAAUGGAGAGUGCCCUAGAGAGUGCAGUUGUCCCAAAGUCUUUUUUAAAGUAUUGUUAGUGUACCAGAAAAUGUACAUUGGUCCUCUAAUGUAAAUGAGCAACCCUAUGGAUCAGCUUUGAACUGAUUCAACUGGUGCUAAUGGGAUAAAAGAAUUCCCUCGAGGCUGAAAAAUACUUCAAAUAGCUGCUCAGGUGCUUAUCUUGCAGGACUAUCAGCUUAAUGGUAAGUUUGCAAUAUACUCUUGCUCCACAAAUAUUCAUGAGGCAGCACAACUUUGAACUAGUUUAGGUAUUUUAACUGAAAGAACUGGCUCUCAUUUGUCAACUGGAAAUCUUUAACUGUUGAAUCUGGAAAACAAUUUUCUGGCAGAGCAUAGCGAUAGCCAAAGAAUGGUGAUCCGGUGUCCUGCCAAAGUUUGCUAAUUGUUUUACUUUUAGCUAUAGUGGCUUGGAAGUCUAGGAAUCAAAAUUUGGUGCAGCUAAGGAGCAGCUUAGUAGAGCUGCUUAGAGGUUUUGUUCUACAGGUAUUAUGACCAGUGUUUCAGACUAUGGUACCUGUUAAAUGAACACAAAAUGUACAAUAGAUAACCCUUGAUUACUCCCAGAUUAUCAUCUCCCUCAGUCAUUUGGUUAGUACGGAACUGUGGUGGCAAAGACAAAAGAAUUGUGUCCUUUGAUUUUUGAACUUUAAAAAUAAACUUUCAGAACAGAACUGUUAGCCAAAACCAUGUGUAAUUAAAAAUACACUGCAUGUUGAAGAAUCUAAAAAAAAUACUGUUCCAAAAGAAUCCAGGGUUGAACUUAAUAUUCUUAAAUAUGCAAUUUUGAAUCAUUACUUUUUUAUACUUCACACACUCCCCCCAUUAAUAUAUAGACAAGACUGUAUAUUUUUUUCCAUUGAUUUCAGGAAAAUAGCAGUAUGUUGCAUAUUGUAUUUUGUUUUAACCUAAUAUACCUGAAAGAGGGAAAAUAUUAUUAAUCAAGGGGCAGACUAGUUAAAAUGUUAGUUUUGAUAAAUGUUUUUAAGUGUGUCAGUCAGGAAACUAUAAAUUGCAUCUGUAAAAACAAAAUGGGGAUUUGUGGACUGUUCCUUUUUUUUAGUGAAGAUUUGAACUAAUAUUUAUCUCUUAAGACCAGUUUUCAAACUCUUACGUACAAGCUUGUGUAAAACUUUAUGGACAAUAUGUGUAAAUAGCUGUUUGCAAAUGAACCUUCAGUACUUGGCAUUUUGAAAUAAAAAUGACUUUUUAACUUC